AUGAAUGGGGAUUUGACAGCUUUUGGAAAGAUGGCUUCCCUCGCCUGUCCCAUGGGCCCCAUGGACAGCCUAGAGCUCUUGGACCUCCUGUUUGACCAGCAGGAUGGUGUCCUGAGACACGUUGAGCUGGGCGAGAGAUGGGACCACCCCAAGGACCAGCAGGUCCAGCCGGGCCCCGACCCUGACGACUUCCUCACCUCCAUCCUGGGCUCUGGAGAUUCGGUGCCCAGCUCCCCACUCUGGUCCCCUGCGGCCAGUGACAGUGGCAUCUCCGAAGACCUGCCCUCUGACUCCCAAGACACGCCUCCACAAAACAGACUUGCCAUCACCCCUCCUGGCUGCCACACCACUGAGCCAGGCAAGGGGUUCUGUCCCUCGUAUGGUCCUGACCCCGGACCCAGGACCCCAGGGCCAGUGACUCCAGUGCUGGAGGCCUCCGUGGCCAUAGACCUGGACAUGUGGAGCCCAGGAGGAUGCCUCUAUCCUGAGGAGCAGACCAAGCUGUCAGACUCGCCCCCACGCUACAACCUCACGGUGAAAGAACUCCUCCUCUCAGGCAACAGCGGGGACCUGCAACAGCAUCACCUGGCAGCUCCCCACCUGCUGCGACCUGGACCUGGGCACUGCCAGGAGCUGGUAUUGACAGAGGAUGAGAAGAAGCUACUGGCCAAAGAAGGCAUUACUCUGCCCACCCAGCUGCCCCUCACCAAGUAUGAGGAGCGAGUGCUGAAAAAAAUCCGCCGGAAAAUUCGGAACAAGCAGUCAGCCCAGGAGAGCAGGAAGAAGAAGAAGGAAUACAUCGAUUGUCUGGAGACGCGGAUGUCUGCCUGCACUGCCCAGAACCAGGAGCUACAGAGGAAGGUAUUACAUCUCGAGAAGCAGAACCUGUCCCUCUUGGAGCAACUGAAGAAACUCCAAGCCCUCGUGGUCCAAUCCACCAGCAAGUCUGCACAGGCGGGCACCUGCAUAGCGGUCCUGCUGCUGUCUUUUGCCCUCAUCGUCCUCCCCUCCAUCAGCCCUUUCACCUCCAACAAAGACAAGAGCCCUGGAGACUUCGCACCCGUGCGAGUCUUCUCAAGAACACUGCACAACGACGCUUCAUCCCGUGUGGCCCCAGACACCACACCGGGGUCCGAGGCUCCAGGACCCCAUCCGGAGGCUGGCCUACCCCAAGAAGGGUCUCCAGGCAGCCCCGGGGCAGACUGGGGCUCCAGAGACAUGCCAACUCUGGACAACUCAACGCUGGUGUUGGGCAACUCCACGCUGGCGCUGGACAACUCGACACUGGUGCUGGGGAACUCCAAGGAGGUGCUGGGUCCGGCCUCCCUACUGGGCUGGGCCGCACCUGAAACAGGGCAUAGCACAGGGCGCGUGGGGCUGGAGGCGGCGGGGGAGGAGCUGUGA